AUGCGAACAUCCGACGAGAUCAAAGCUCACCUCCACCAUGGUGUUCAUGAGCUUCGUCAAGUCCAACAACUUUUAGCUACCGUAUCAGAUCGCAUUCAGACCGUUUUUGAUGCGAUCCAAGCAUGCAACGCUCGUGCUGACGAUAUUGACCCUACCAUCGAUACACUCAAUCGCUGGAGUCACACACUGAUCGAAGAGAUGGAGCCGAAAGAGGCUCUACGAGAUAAGAUUGCCGCUCUCGUCAAACAGGAUGCCGAAAUCCAACGGCAGGUCACAGCAGCUGAAGCCUCCCACUUCAAGGAUGACAAUCACAAAGAACGGGUCAAUGCACCUGGUCGCAGGAUGCAUCGUUACCAACAACGUCUUCGUUGA